CUGGAAGAGAAGCUGACGUGGAGGGUUAGGGGUGGGGGUAAUUAGGUCAAUUGCGUUUGCCGUCUGGAAAACCUGUAUAAGUUCCAACGGGGGACAUUUCUCUUCUUCCUCCACCCAGUUGAAACCCCACGUAGCCGUUACCCUUCUUCAACAACAAAUCAUCCUCCAAUUUGCCCACUCCGUCCCUUUUUUUUCUUCUACGCCGCCGAUUUUCUUUUCCUUUCCUACCGACUCGUUCUAGUUUGACUCAGUGAGAACGAUUCCUUUCCGACUGAGUUUUUCAAGAAUCAGCGUUGUUUUCUGUUUCCUUCCGGCGGCUUAAUGGUUCAGCUGAUGAAUUCCGGGACGGAGAAGAUUCCGACCGCCAAGAGGCUGAAGAAAGAGGUUGAGGAUUCAUUGGAAGACCUUCUCGAUCAAUUUCAUAAGCGAUCCAAAUCCGACUUCUCCUCCGAGAGAUGGACAUCAGAAGCCAAUGCGUUUCCUUUAUCAUCCAGUCCGUACAAUCCUCUAGACGAGCCAAGCCCAUUGGGUUUAAGCCUAAAAAAGAGUCCUUCCUUAUUGGAUUUGAUUCAAGCAAAACUAUCUCAAGAAACUGCAAAAUUAGAUAGUUUGAGCAAAAAGGAUCAGAAGGGAGGCAAUGCUUUUACUACUGCAGACAAACUCAAGGCUUCUAAUUUCCCUGCCUUGAUUCUUAAGAUUGGUACUUGGGAGUAUAAGUCAAGAUAUGAGGGAGAUUUAGUGGCCAAGUGUUAUUUUGCAAAGCAUAAGUUGGUUUGGGAGCUUCUAGAUGGGAAUCUUAAGAAUAAGAUAGAAAUUCAAUGGUCGGAUAUCGUCGCCUUGAAGGCGACUUAUCCCGAGGAUGGUCUCGGCACUUUGGAUGUAGUGCUGGCGAGACAGCCCCUUUUCUUUCGGGAAAUAAACCCACAGCCUAAGAAACACACUUUAUGGCAAGCAACAGCCGACUUUACUGGUGGAGAAGCGAGCAGAUAUAGAAGGCAUUUCCUGCAAUGUUCACAAGGCUUGUUAAACAAGCAUUUUGAGAAGCUUGUACGCUGCGAUCCUCGUCUCAACUUUCUAAGCCAGCAACCAGAUAUCGUGUUAGAAUGUCCUUAUUUUAAAACCAAUGGUUCAAAUGAAUCCAAAGAAGGAGUUGAUUUGAAGGAGGGACCUACUUUCUUUAGUUUAGGUAUGGUGUCACCAUCGGGAACUCAAUCACCUUCCUCAGUUAAAGAACAUGAAUGUCUUGCGGGUGCUUCUGAAGAAUAUUCUGAGCAAUCUCCAUCACCUAAUUCAGGGUUGGAAGCUCAAGCGACGGAGGAAUUAAGAAACGAUGGAUGUGAAAGUUCAAGACUGUUAAAUAAAUGGGAUCAAGUCAUGGUUCCUGGGAUUCGGCCAUCAAUGUCUGUUAGUGAUUUUGUCAAUCAUAUUGAACACUGCCUAUCACAGCAGAUGACACCCAACGGUUCUAUGUUUUCUGAAGAAAACCAACAAAGCAGAGAAGCCCUAGAGGGAAUUACACAGUAUCUUUUUGGAGAUUCUCAAAAUCCAUCCGACUCAGACGAGCAGACUAUCAUGUCCAGGGUGAAUUCCCUAUGCUGUCUUCUGCAAAAGGAUUCUUGUAUGGCUAAGACCUUGCAAACCAAAGCUGCCAAUAAUAGCCUCGAUGUCAACACCUACCCCACUACUGCAUCAGAAUAUGAAACUAUGAGUCGAGAAGGCUUACCUGCACACGAUGGCUUUCAAUCGAGCAAGCACAUAGCAAUGUCGAGGAAUGAUUCCGUUGGUGAGCUGCUGCUUAAUCUUCCCAGAAUAGCUUCUCUACCUCAGUUUUUGUUCAACUUGUUCGAUGAUUCUGAUGAUCGUUCUAGAUAACCUUUGUUUUGGUUCAUCUUGUUAAUAGAAAGUCUAGCAUAAACCAGAUCUCUAAUGAAAAGAAAAAAGAAACAGAAAAAUCUACCCUUCUCUGUUCCAUUACUGUGUAGAUGAAUAAACAGUGCCCUCCUUACAAGUCAACUUAUUGUAAAUAUGUAGGUAGGGUGCUUAAAAAUAUAUGUAGUUCAGUAGCUGUAUCAACUAACAGCCAACAUCUCUUUCUUUGUUUUGAACUUUGUAUGAACAAAAUUUGAUGUUUAAAGCUUACAUGGCAAGCGUAUUAUAUCUCCA